UUUGGAUCCGUUCAAUUACUUACUGACAGCAGCAGUAGGCUCAGCGGAAUUUUCUGCAUCCCUUUCAUACAAUAUACCAGAGGUAUCGAAAUAUUUGGAUAUUAUCAGCGUUAUGGCUUACGAUUUGCAUGGUCCUUGGGAUGAUGUUAUAGGAAUUAACGCUCCACUUUAUGGUGGUAAUAGUGAUAAAACUAAACGGGAGAAGCAGUUGAAUGUCGAUGCAAUAAUUAAAUAUUGGCUAAGCAAAGGUGCACCGAGCGAUAAACUUGUUUUGGGAAUACCAUUUUAUGGACGUUCAUUUACUUUAGAGAAUGCUGAAAAACAUACACCUGGUUCUCCUCAUCUUGGGCGUGGUAUAGCUGGACAAUACUCCGUAGAACCAGGCGUAAUAGGCUAUAAUGAAUUAUGUGAAAAAAUGCAAAGUGAAAGAUGGCAUGAAGAAUGGGAAUCCGAACAAAUGGUGCCAUAUGCUUAUCAAGGCAGACAAUGGGUUGGUUAUGAAAACUUAAAUAGCAUUAAACUGAAAGCAGAUUAUGUUAUGGAAAAGAAUUUAGCUGGCAUUAUGAUAUGGUCAAUUGAAUCAGAUGAUUUUCGUGGACAGUGUGGAGAGGAAAAAUUCCCUUUGCUUAAACAAGUCAAUAAAAUAUUGUUUGGUCUUACCGCUACAGGAAUGACUGAGGCAACAAGUAAAAUUCAAAACUUGUCAACAACAGAUGCCAAUAAAGAUAACAAAGGUAUUUCUGGAACUGAUGGUUCUUCAACAUUUAUUUUCAAAUGUGAAGGACAAAAUGGUUAUGUACGCAGUCAAUACGACUGUUCCAAAUUUUAUUACUGCGAUCCAAAUGACAAUAGUUUUUCAUUUGAAUGUCCACAUGGCCUUUAUUUCGAUUUAGAGUCGAUUAGUUGUAAUUAUGCGGAUCAAGUUAAAUGCUGAAA